AUGUUGAGCUCCACAUCGCUGAAAAAGGCUAUGGGACAAGAGGAAAGCAGCAAGCAAUACUGGAGACUUUAUUUACUGGCCAUGGUUUUAGGAAUCGGAGGCUCAUUUCAAUAUGGAAUUCAAGUAUCUGUCAUUGCUUCUCCAGCCGCGCACAUUCAGACAUUUGUCAACUACACGUGGAUGUGGAGGCACCACACUCCAGUGGAUGACUCCACGAACCAGCUAAUCUGGUCCUUCAUUGUAGCUGUGAUGAGUUUGGGGGCGUGGGCCGGCGCUAUCCACAGCGGCCAUUUCCCAGUCAAAUAUGGCCGGAAAAAAACAAUGCUGUCUAACAGCGUUGUUGCCGUGGUGGCUGCUUUGCUCGUGAUCUUUAGUCGCAAGGCCAGGUCUUUUGAGAUGAUUUUUCUAGGCCGAUUUCUCUUUGGCUAUAACAUUGGUCUUGGCCUGAAUGUGCAACUCAUGUACUUGGGUGAAAGUUCUCCAAAGAAACUCAGAGGCUUCCUAACACUCACUGGUUCCAUCUUUAUUGGUCUUGGCAAAGUGAUGGCUCAAAUCAUCAGUAUCAAGGAGAUGAUGGGCAACGAUGACAUGUGGCCCUUUCUUCUGGCCAUUAGCAGUGUUCCUGCCAUUCUUCACGUUGGGGCAUUGUUUUUCUUCCCGGAGUCGCCUCGAUACCUUUAUAUUGAUAAAGGUGACUUUGAAGGCGGUAGGAAAGCAUUGCAGUGGCUGUGGCAGGAGGAUGAUGUAAAGAUGGAAUUGGAAGACAUGCAGAAUGAGCGAGACAGCACCCAAGGGGAAAAGGCCAAAACCAUGAAGGACGUGUUGACUUCUCGCUGCGUCAGAUGGCAGCUGCUGACUUUGGCCUUUCCUUGUUCUAGCAUCCAGUUUUGUGGCAUCAAUGCGCUCUAUUUCUAUGCGUUGGACAUCUUCCGGGAGUCAGGCAUUCCAGAAGAACACAGGCAAUACUUGACUAUUGGGAUUGGAGCAACGGAGCUCGUUGCUGUUGUGCUGUGUUCCUUUUUGAUAGACCGCGCUGGCCGUAAGAAGCUGAUGGGCUAUGGCUACUUACUGAUGGCUGUCACCAUGUCUCUUUUAACUGUCAUGCUGUCCAUCAAGGAUUUGAAUUCAUGGAUUCCGUAUGUGAACAUCAGCCUUAUAUUUGGUGUCAUCUGCAUUUAUGGACUUGGACCCGCUGGCGUGUCUCUGGCCCUUCCUGCUGACCUCUUCCUUCAAGCAUGGCGACCCUCUGCGUUUGUCAUAGGCGGCAGCAUCAACUGGCUCAGCAUGUUUGUAGUGGCCAUGUGUUUUGGCUACGUAGUGAAUGGACUGGGUCAGUACUGCUUCCUGAUUUUUGUGGUCUAUUGCAUCUUUGGUGGAGUCUUUCUGCUCUUUUUCAUACCAGAGACUAAAGGAAAGACCAUGGUGGAAAUUAUGGAGGACUUUGACAAACUUAAUUACAAGAACAGGGACAUCGCUACUAAAUUUUAA